AUGAUAAACAAUGUUUCGCUCUCGGUUGUCCAGCGUUUUACUAUCAAAUGUCCGUGCCAAACUGUCAAGCGUUUCCAACCUCCACGUCAGUAUAUUUCAAAAAUUUCGGGCCAAAGAUUGCGAGCCCAAGCCCGUCGCAGUGAAUAUUUCGGUCAAAGUGACGCAGGUAUCGGGGCUCGUUUGGCCACCUUUACAUCUGGACACGCACGUUCGAGUUCGGUAUUGUUAAGGUAUCAUACACUGUUGGAAAUCGAUGCCCUGGAAUGUAACAUGCUUCACGCACACUCAGACACUCAUGCGAGCGCGAAUGCCUUGUCAAUCAAGUGCAGAGUUCUCUGCGGUUGUGGAUCCCUCGAUGGAACAGAAGUAACAGAAGCGGUUUCCCUGGCCAUAAAUUUGAACCUCAACGGUUUUAAGCCGGCGUUUUUCGCGCCCAAUAUCGAGAUCUGCGGGGUGAUGGACCACCUUUGUAAUCAACCUGACACUAGUGGCGUGGCUCGAAACGCGCUGGUUGAAGCUGCGAGGAUCGCGAGGUCAGAGGUCCGUCCGCUCUGCGAGUGCGACUGUAAUUCUGGAACCGCCCUGAUCCUACCUGGAGGUUUCGGCUGCGCCAAGACCCUGAGUGAUUUCGCCACGAAAGGAGCAGAGUGCACGGUUCUGCCGGACCUUGAAAGGGUCAUCACAGAGUUCGCUCUCUCCAAGAAACCGAUCGGAGCAAUUUGCAUGGCUCCGGUACUCGUGGCGAAGGUACUUUGCGGGACGAAAAUCACGCUUGGUAAAAGCCCACCAGAGAAGUGGCCUCACUGCGCGACGAUCGCCGAGGCAAAGAAGAUGGGCGCUAAGCAUGAGGAACGGAAUGUCACUCAGGUGACUCACUGCAAGCAGCACAACGUGUUCAGCACACCUGCUUGGAUGUACAACGGCACCUUUGCCGAGGUACAUGACGGGAUUGGGCGGUUGGUAAAAGCUCUCAAAAAGAAGAUGAAGUAG